CUUUCUUUUUGUAAUCAUCAUGUAUAUCAUGGGUUUUUUUUUUUUUAAUUAAAUGUUAGUGCAGUAAGUUUAGGCUUUAUUGGUUCUAAUUAUUAUAAUUAUGAAAGAUUAUAAUUAGACUAUGUUGUUAGAAAAGAUAAGUAUGAUAGUCAAAAAUUAAAUAAGAAUAAUGAGCCUUACUGAUAAUUGAAUCAAAUAUGCAUUUUCUUUCUAAAAUUAUGUGAGAUUUUGAGCUAUGUUUGAUGAUUGAAUCAAUUUUGUUAUUGCUAAUGUAUUGCGGAACCCUUUAAUGUUAUUGCUAUUAAUUACACCUCAUUUAUUGUUCCUAUCUAAACAAACCGUAUCUAUUCAAUAAAAUAAAAAAAAAAAUCCGUAUUGUACUCCCCUCUAUCCCUUAAUUAAAUUUCUAAUUCUCUGUAUUAUAAGAGGAAUAAUGUUAGAAAUCUGUAUCUAUACUUAAUAUAUAAAAACUCUAACCGGAAAAUACACAUGUCUCCAUUCUAUUACACUUUUCUAGCUUCUUUUACACUAGAUGUGCCACAUGUCUUCUUAUAUAUAUUUUUUUUAUUACACUAUCUUAAUUAUUUCAUUAAACUUACAUUUUCAUCUCUCUCAUACACGCUUCAACGCUUCAAUUCAUAUUCAUCUCCCCUAUUCAAUUCAACCUUUUCCUUUUCUCUCUUUAUUUUUAGUCCCUUCACCUUCUUUUUUUAAAGCCUCAUUUUGAAUUAUAGCCCUAAAAAUCUAAUUUCUUUAAUUAUAUUUUAGAUUACACAUUACAUCCCAUAAUGAUUUAUUGGUAUUUCCUCGAUCAUUACCUUUCAAUACAACUUGCUAUAAACAACCCGUACAUUGCAUGGGUUAGAAGGCUAGUAGAGAUCUAAUAAAGGGACGAAGUCAUGGAGAGAAUACUGCAUUGAAUUGAAUGAAUUUGUUAGGUGGUGUAUUAAACUUAGUUUUCAUAAUAUUUCCGUAAUUUUAGGUGUAGUAGGCUGAAUCCCUUGGUAUUAACGUGCUACGUUACUUUCAUCAUAAAUUCAUAAUGGAUAUUUAAUCAUCAACUGUAAAAAAAAAAAUAAAAAUAAAUAAAAUGCAUGUAAUUAAUUAUCAGGGUUGUGGAAAGCUAGAACCUAGAGGAUGAAGCCAAUUGUAAUUCUGAUUUUGUUCAAUAAAUGAUUUUGUAUUUGCACUCCCAUUUUUUAUAAAUUUUUUGUCUUCCAACACAGAAAACUCAAAAUGCAAAUUAAUGGCUUCUGCCUAGCACUAUGGCUUGUUGGAGUUCUACUAAUGACAUUCAACUCCUCAAGUGGUAUAGUUAAUCGAUCUGUACUAGUUUCUGGUGUAAUGAUAGAAGAUAGCAAUACAAUGACAACAACGAAAAGAAGUAGAUUCCUGAAGGAAAACAGAUUUGGUUUCAACUUUGCUCGCGGAAAUUCAAAUGGUGAUGUGAGGUUGGAAGACUAUGGCCCUGUUGAUCCGAGCCCAAGUCAGGCUACUAUAGAUCAUGGACCUAUCGAGCAUGGCUCUCCUUCACAUCCUUACAUUCCAAAGCCAAAGCCUUCGCCACCGGCUCCUAUUCCCUCUGGUCCAUGAUGGAUCGCCAUAACCUUUGAAAGUCGUCAGCUUAAUUAGCUGUAUUCUUUUUCUCCCACGGAUGCCGAAUGUACAUCUCCUUCAAGUGUAACAUCUACUAGUAUUUCAAAAUUUAUAUGAAAAUAUUUUCUGUAAUAUCACUAUGGUUCCCCUGUUUAGUUCUUGUAUUAAUUUCGCUAAGAGAGUUAAGUUUUCCCGUUGUAGUCUCGAGUCAGCUAGAAAAAAACACUAUGGAUGGUAGAUCAGGUUAUCUAAUAUGCUUAUGAUCAAAACUAUUUACUUGACUCAUUAAUCAUUCAUAGGCAUCUUCCAUAGUAAGUCCUAACAAUGUACAAGUACAGACUAUGUAGUACCUAGUAGAUCAGGCGUAAUGAUAGACAAUAGCCAUACAAUCUGUAUCAAAGUAUUUUGAAAUAGACAAAAAAAAAAUUAUUCACUCUGUCUCAUAAUAUAGUCCCCGUUUUUCAGUUUUAAAAAUUCAAAAUAUUGUUCCUUUUUUAUUUUUGGAUAGUAUGUAAAGACCCUU